AUGUGUAGGGGUUGUCCCCCUAUCAUUCUUGGCGGUCUUACCUUAUCCUAUCCUCGCAACGUCAGGGGAUUGCCUCCUCGGUUGCAGAGCCCUGGAUGUGUAGGGGUUGUCCCCCUAUCAUUCUUGGCGGUCUUACUAUCCUAUCCUCGCAACGUCAGGGGAUUGCCUCCUCGGUUGCAGAGCCCUGGAUGUGUAGGGGUUGUCCCCCUAUCAUUCUUGGCGGUCUUAUCCUAUCCUCGCAACGUCAGGGGAUUGCCUCCUCGGUUGCAGAGCCCUGGAUGUGUAGGGGUUGUCCCCCUAUCAUUCUUGGCGGUCUUACCUUAUCCUAUCCUCGCAACGUCAGGGGAUUGCCUCCUCGGUUGCAGAGCCCUGGAUGUGUAG